AUGUCCACGGCCACAUUUACAGUGCUGGAAUUUUUUCAUGAGUUGAUCCUGCAAGGGAAGCUCAACAUCUUUGACUUCUACAAUACCCUUCUCCGCAUCUCAGAUGGCCCUGGAGUUACAGACUUCAUGAAUCACUAUAACGACCUUUCACGCAUUAUGCGUCAAUGGCAGCAUGUCAUGUCCCUCAAGCGAGCUGGUCAUGGACAUGAUCCAGCAGGAAUAGAAGCCACCAGUGCAGGAUCAUUGGUCAUAGAAUGUGCUGCUUGCCCUCAUCCAGGACGCAACUUGCCUGAUGGUUGGGAAACUACUACUCGAAAUUCUAUGUACCUUUACACAUUAUAUCUGUCAAUGGACACAAACUUUCAGCUUCCUCUGAAGAACCACCACUUAAGAGAUAUUGAACUUGCCCCAGGGUGGUCAUUUUUUGUGGAGGAGUCUGCAUUUCAAGCAGUAAUAGCUGAGUCUGGGGAGCGCAACAAGGGGAGCACAUGUCAAGUCAAGCAUGACCCCAUUGUUCGUGCCAAUGUCCAUAACAAAGAUGGGUAG